AUGUUGAUCGCUCUCUUCGUAGGACACAAGAAAGGAAGGAAACACCGGCAUCGUCGACGUCAUGAUGAUGAUAAAGACCACGACCACGAUGAUGAUGAUAAAGACCACGACCACGAUGAUGAUGACGAUGAUGAUGACGAUGAUGAUGACGAUGAUGAUGACGACGAUGAUGACGAUGACGACAAUGACGAUGACGAUGACGACGAUGACGAUGAUGAUGAUGAUGAUGACGAUGAUCAUCAUAAGGAUGAAGACCAUCAUGACAAGAGCGGUGAGGGCGGAGGCUCUCGAACAAGACACAGGGGCAAAUCGGGCAAGCGGCCGACAACUGAACGCCACCGAGAAGACGCUGAUGAGGCAAGCGGAAGAGAAAAUGAGGAUGGCAACCAACAUGAUUCUGCCGCCGCCGCAGAGGACGGCAAAGACGAUGAGGAGACCUCCGAUGGUGGAACACAACCGACUAUGAUGAAAGGUCAGCCAGUCAAGGAAGAUAACGGAGCUAAGGUUGCUGAGCUAGGAGUGCAGAGGGUGAUGCCGUAA